AUGCCAUCGGUCCGUCCCUACACUCGUCCCUGGGCUCUGUUCCCUCGUCCUGAUGCCUCAGUCCUCUGGGGAGCAAAUGCGACUUUCCACCAUUCUUCACAAUGGGGUGUUAGUCUGAACCGGCUCUCAACCGGGUGCACCCCUUCUCUAAAUCAGUCACUCCUGUUGACCGAGCCGGACCCUGACAUCGACGUCAAGAGUCUUCGAAAUACGCUGCAAGCUGUGCGCGAAACCAAUCGUGCUUCGCUGGUGGUGCGAAAGGUCGACCAGGCCGGUCGCUCAACCCGCUUGCACAAGAAGCCCCAGUUCCGCUAUGUCAAAGCAGAAACCUCCGCGGAUUCCCAGCCGGAGCUCAGGCAGUUUUUCAAUCAUUUGUCACAACAUGUGCAGGAGAAAAAGAGAAAGCGUGCGGUAAAAAAAGUGGCUAUUCCGCGCGUUGCCUCUGUCCACCACGCCAGUGGCCGGGAUGGAUUUGUGGAAGAGAUAGGCACAAGCCACGAGCUGACGGGCUUGUGGCGUCUGAACGACGGAGAGCAGACGAUUCCCACACCCGACCGCCUUCCGUGGCUAGCCUAUCUUUCUGAGCCGCACACUUGGACCUCUGCGGUCGAUCGUUUGUCUGCUGAGAUCCGAGCUUUUGAACAAUAUGUUGCUCCAUCCGAAGAGGAGCAACUGGUUAGCGAAACUGCCCUUCAAGACCUGAUUCAAACCAUCAAAUACGCGGAUGAAAAUCUCGACGUCGAUGUCAUUGGCUCCCGUGCUACCGGCACCGCGGAUCCUUUGUCAGAUCUCGAUGUGAAUGUUUCCAGGCCACGAACUCCUACCUCGAUGAACAAAAUCCAAAAUCCGAAGCAGAUUCUGGACUUGAUUGACAGGGCCUUUCGGGGCACGCAUGACAAGAUCAAACUGGGGGUUAGGCCUAUCGAGGUCAUCUAUAACCUCAAGACUGCCAAAGUGCCCAUCUUGCUGUGUCGACACAAGUUAUCAGGCCUGCCCAUUCAAAUCCAAUGUACCCCUCGAACAUACGACAGUACUGAAUACGUCAAGGCCUUUCUUAAGGAGUAUCCCACUUUACGGGGCCUAUUCAAAGUUCUCAAGCAGCUCCUCCUGAUGCGUGGCCUUACUGUUGGCAGCCACGGCGGACUGACCUCGUAUCCUUUGCUCAAUAUGAUCGUGGCUUCACUGAAAUUCAGCGAAGGCAAAUUCCACCCCCUGGACGCCGGAAAGCAGCUCCUGUUCUUCCUCGACAUGUAUUCUGAGAUCGAUUUCUCCUCUCAAGGCAUCUCUACUCACCCUCUCCAGUACUUUCCAAAACGUGGCGGCAGCAAGCGCAAGUUGCCUCCCACUGUGGCACAAGAUGCAUCUCUCGGCGAGUCGUUUCCCCUAGAACUUGCGGGUCAACGCCAGAUGAGCAAUUACGGAGCCAAAUCUGCCUAUUUGAUGACGCUUCAGGACCCCGCUAAUCCGUUCAACGAUGUUGGACGGUCCGCAUACUUGAUCAAAGACGUGCAGGCGACAUUGAUCAGUAUUCGUGGGAAGCUGAACGAGGCGUUGGAAGAAUGGGACCAAUCCUGCCUGGAUUCGGAUUCUCCACAAACUUCUUCACGGCCACAAGCAUUGCUAGAACCAUGCAUUGGUGCAGAUUACCGUGUAUAUGGGCAGGAACGGGCUGAUUUGAAGGCUUUAGGCCGCCAACUCUUAGAUUCCCGCAAUGUCAGGAGAUGA